GGGUAGAGGUGCAGGGAGUGAGUGGGACAGGGAGAAAGUCAGGAAAAGCAGAGGACACAGAAGAAGAGAGAAAAAAAGAGGUAGACUUUGAGAGGAGAGAAAAGAGAGAGAGAGGGUGUGCACACGCAGGGGUAGAGAGAUAAACACACACAGACACACACACACACAGAGACACACAAUCACACACAGAGAAAACUCUCCACCUCUUUGAGAGUCUCUCAUUCGCUGUCAGUGGUCUCCCCUGUGGACUGAGGAGCGGGGACAGUGUGGGUGGGUGUGAGCCUCUGGAGAGAUCACACAGCCAGACGCCAGCCACACACACACACACACAACUCUCUCUUACACACACCCACACAUUCACUCUGUCUCACACACUCACACACACACACACACACACACAAUCCCUCUGCUGUGAUCGGCCACAGAAUGGCCCUUUUCUUCCGUCCGGCCACUCGGUGAAGAGCCGUCUCUCUCUGCGUGAAACAAGAGGAUCCGCUGUGGCUGCGCUGGAGUUUUAGUCUCACAGGGACUCCAAGCACAGGAGCAGGGGGCUGCCGCGCCUGCUUUACCGGGAGUACUGACCGACGCGUAGCCCACACACCCCAGCCGCCGGCAUGGGAGAUGGACGAGGCGUGUGAGGGGAUCCGCGGCCAGACACGCAAGUCGGACGACGCUCGUCUGCCGGAGAGCUACCUGCGAACGCAAGGUGUGUGUGUGUGCGCUUGUUGUGCGCGUGUGAGGACUUUUGGGGACGCACGAUGAAGGCGGCCGCGACCGGGUGGGCUGGGAUGACGCUGGUGGCCAUCAUCGCCGUGUGUGGAUUGUACCACUCGGCGGAGGGGGGGUGCUCGGGGAAGUGCUGCCGGGGCACGGACCUCACCUGCACCACCACGGACUGGCGGAUGGACCGCGUCUACGGGACGUGCUAUUGCGACGAGGGCUGCCAAAGGACCCAGGACUGCUGCUUCGACUACACCAAGGAAUGCCCAGCUGAGCCGUGUGUGGUGAGCGAGUGGAGUUACUGGAGUGGCUGCGUCAAGCCGUGCCAGCGCUCGUUCCGGGUGCGGCGGCGCCACAUCGAGAGGGAGCCCAGCAACAGCGGCGAGGCCUGCCCAGCCCUGGAGGAGCAGGCCGGAUGCAUGGAGUACCAGACCCACCAGGGCCAACACUGCGCUCAGACGCAAGGUCCCGCACUCAUCACAACAGUGGAGUAUGGGAAGGGACGGACAGGACACAACCUGUACGGGGACCCACAGGAUUCUGGGUUCUGCAUGGAGUUCAAAAUGGAGACCCUGUCGCCGCACUGCACGGUUGAGAACCGUCCGUACACACGCUGGAUGCAGUACCUGAGGGAGGGCUUCACCGUGUGCGUGGCCUGCCAGCCCCCUGCCAUGCGCAACGCCAGCCGCAGCUGCCAAGGAGACGGCAACGACGCAAACAGGGAUGAGGUGCUUCACUGGCAGGCCAUGGGGAACCCUCGGUGCAGGGGGACCUGGAAGAAGGUGCAGAGGCUGCAGCACUGCUCGUGUCCCCAGGUGCACAGCUUCGUCUUCAUCUGAGACGAGAGGCACGCAGAGAGAGCACACGCAGUCCUCGAGCGCAGGCUCCGCUUUCUUAACGCCAGAUUGUUCGCGUGCGUAACGUAGACGUUUUGGCCCUUUGCUCGUUUCCCCCCCUUUUCCUCAGAAAAUGUUGAUAAACUUAAUCUCUAAUGACCUGUAAACAUCUGUUUCUUCACUCAUCAGCAAAGCGAUCACAAAGAUGCCAGAGUUCACUUGCCUGCUGUGUGCAUAGAUGAGCACAAUGCACAUUCCACGUGCCAGAUGUAAUAUUCACUUUCAGCACAAGCGCUGUACAAUUAGGGCUCUUAUGACGCUUAAAAGAAAAGUCACAAUUGCAUGAAUUGUAAUUAUAAGAAAAUCAAUUAAAGUGUUUGUUUUUAAUAUUUAUAUUUCUGUUGUCAUGUCUGAUGUCUUUACAUAACCUAAAUGAAAUGUUAUUUUUGAGAGUGUUUUGCAUGAACAGUGCCCUCUACUGGUCUUAAAAAUAAAUAUUUUUGAAAGGGUAUC